AUGGAAGCUGCUGAUAAUGAGUCAUCUGGACUUGAUGUUGAGGAAAAUAAACAUCCAGAUAUAAAGCUUACAGUUGAAGAUCAUAAUGACAUGGCAAAUAUUUUAGAUCAAAUUGUUGAAAGGGGUGCUCCAGAAAAUUUUAAGAUUAUUUUUGAAUCUCAACUUCAGAACUGUAGGAAAGGUUUAGAGGUACAUCAGCGGCGGUGGGAUCCACAAGUAAUAAGUGUUUGUCUCGCUCUGUAUUUGAGAUCACCCAGAGGUUAUGAAGAUUUCACAAAAUCUGGAUUGCUCGUUUUACCAUCCAAACGAUUACUCCAAUAUUAUAAAAACUCAAUAAAACAGACCACCUGUUUCAAUGGGAACAAUUUGAAAUUGAUGAAGCAGGAGGCCAACAACAAGCAAGUGUCUGAAUUUGGCAAACAUGGUGGCUUGAUUAUUGACGAAAUGCCAUUCCAAGAUGACCUGGUUAUACAGACGACAGGAGACAGCUGGAGUUUGGUUGGUAUGGUAGACAUGGACAGCACAAAUAAUAAUAUAGACAUUAUAUGCAAUGGAAAGAAGAAAGUUCAGCUGGCAACGCAUGCAUUGCAAUUUGUGUGCAAUGGACUCACAGGAUUCAGAUGGCCUGUUGCCUACUUUGGUUCAAACACUGCCACUGCACACCAGCUGUGCUCAACCUACUGGAAGUGUGUUGAUGUUCUUGAUGAACAUGGUUUUACAGUGGAUUACAUGAUGGCAGAUGGCGCCUCAACCAACAGAGCAUUUACCUCUAUGCUGUUUAGCUCAAACAUGAGGGAACAGAAAUUUAAAUUUUUGGAUGUUUUUGACAUGAAUCAUUCCAUGUGCGCAAUUCAAGACAUCAUGCAUGUAUUAAAAAGAAUAAGAAACAAUAUAGAAUCUAGCAAACUUGAAAAUAACACAAAACAGGGGAGAUAUUUAUAUUUGAAUCAACCUAUAGUAUGGGACUACUGGCUGGAAUGUUUCCAUUUUAAUACUCAAAAUGGAUUUGGUAUUCAUAAAAAAUUAACCGAGGAUCAUUUUACUCUCACUCCGGCCUCCAAAAUGAGAACUCAAUUAGCGCUUGAUGUUCUUGAUAAGAACAUGCUAUUUUUUAUGAAGAGCUAUCAGGCAACACUGCAUGAUCCAGAACGACUGUCCUCAGCAAUUUCACUUCUGGAACACACAUCUAUUUUAACUGAUAUUUUUUGUAAUUAUAAUCAACCAAUUUUUCCCCUAUGUGACAGUAGAUUUCAAUCCCUGAAUAAGACAUUAAAAUUCUUUAAUGAUUGGGAAAGAAACAUUACAGAUUCUGUUCUUUAUAUGGUUUCCAAAAAUUUAAUUACACACGAGACCAGAGACGAUAUUAAUUCUUCUGUUACUGGAUUCAUUUCGUUAUGUGAAUUAAUGUUAGGAAAAGGCAACAGUAUAAACCCAGGAUAUUUCAAUUCUGAUAUAAUAGAAAAUUUGUUUGGGCAGCAAAGAGGCAUAAGAAAUGGGUUAAAUUCGAAUCCUACACUCAGUAUGGACCAUCCAAUACAGCCAUCAUUUUAG